AUGUUUGGCUCUGGUCUUCAGGUUGAUAGGGGAUCGUCUAGUAAUACUAGAAAUGUUUAUGUACCUCCAGUAAUACAAGGAAAAGGCCGAUAUUUUUCAGGUCCACAUCGCCCUCCACCCUUUCUUGGUACUUGGGAAGAUAUGGAAAAUAGAGGGCCAUUGGGAAUGGGAGUCGCCGCCAAAGGUGGCGCCGUUAAGAGUAAAAAAAAAAAGCCCAAAGGCAAGGGAUUGCUGUUGGGAAAAAACAGCCCAUUCAACUCAAUUCCCAUACUAGGAACCAUUUUGUAAUGGGGGAACCUACGGUUCCCCCUGUGACCCCCUCCCUUCGCUACGCAAAUCAGCACUUUGUAAUUAAGCCGCUAUCCAACUUUGACAUAAUGGAUUGGGUAAAGAAACUUGGUAUUAAGCAUUUCAGAGCGAUUUACANCAAAUCAGCACUUUGUAAUUAAGCCGCUAUCCAACUUUGACAUAAUGGAUUGGGUAAAGAAACUUGGUAUUAAGCAUUUCAGAGCGAUUUACAGUCGUGAUGGACUACCAAAAAAGAUAAAAAAAGAAUGUGGAAUAAUCAAUCUCGAUGAUAUUCAAGGUCCUGGAACACACUGGGUUUGUUAUAGAAAUAUAGACAAUGUAGUCGAGUCUCUCCCUGUAGUCGAGUACUUUGAUCCAUUUGGUUUGAUAAUGCCAAAUGAAGCUUUAAAGUAUUUUAACACUUCUGGAAAGCAAAUAGUUUACUCAAUAGAUUAAAUACAAAAUCGCAAUACCGUUCUCUGUGGUUACUGGUGUUUGUAUUAUCUGUUAGAACGACAACGUGGUAAUAGUAUCUUAGACGUAAUACAUAAUCUACAUUUUGACAGCGACAAUAGUGAUUUCAUACAAGAAUACUUUGGAGGAUAAAGGUUAUUGCUUACGUAGUACUAGUAAAAAUAAUAUCUAUUAAAUAUUAUUUUUUGUAGUAACCUUUUACUCUCUAUUUAUUAAAGAUUUAAGACGCUUAACUCCAUCUCUGGUGAAAUAAAUUUGGUGACAUAUGCUGCUAAAACAGUUAUAAAUUUCAAUAAGAUUAGUUAACCUCUCUAAUUUUUCGUCAGAAUUAUCUUCAUUAAAAGAUUUAAAAACUCUCAUAAGACCAAACAAUAAUUGGCUUUCUUCAGAAAUUAUUCUUAGAGAAAAAUCAUCAUUUCUUUUUUGAAGAUCUUCUAACCCAUUAAUAAUUUCAGUUCGAAUUUUAUUCCCGUAAUCUUUUAGUAACUGGAUAUCACAAAAGUUUUCAAACUCUUUAAUAAACUUAUCUUCCAUUCUUUAUACUUUACUAUUUAUUGUUUAAAUCAUUUUACUCCUCAUCUAUUGGAGCAUCUUUUAACUUUUUAAGAUCAUCAACUUUCUUAUUUAUAUCUCCAACAUUCUCAACUAAAUUACUUACUUGUGAGUAAAUUUAAAUAAGUCUAAAGAGUUUCUUCUUUUUAUCACUCUUUAUUUUCAACCAAGAAUAUUUACCAUUUUUAAUACUGUUCCACAACUGACAUUCACCAAACAUUAGUACUCUAGAAAGACCAUCAUUCGUCUUUCUAAGAGAUUCAAACUCAUCAUUUAUUUUAGUUCUAACUUCUUUCUCAAAAUCUUUUAGUGUUUUAAUAUCCAUCUUUUUUUCUAUCUCAGAAAAAAACUCAUAUAAUAAUCAUAUUGCAUUGUAGAUAAAAGAGUAACUCCUUGCACAGAACCAAGUGGUUACCAAAAAGAUAAAAGAGGAAGAACACAAUUCUUUUGUAGAUGCGCAGUUUGUGGAAAUAAAAAAGUUAGAUAUAUAAAAAUGGGGGGAGUGCCCGGCUCGACGGGCACUCCCCCCAUUUUUCAAAAAAGAAGUCAAAAAACUAAGAGAAGGCGGGCAAACAAACCGGAGGUGAUGUCUUUGACACUGUCGUCGGAACAGCCGCAGAUGCAUUUGUUGAACAUGCUCUACCUUGGAUGGGUCGCAAAGCAGUUGAAAUGGAAAGAUAUGGAGCAAGUGAAGCAUUGAGAAAUAAAAAACUACAAAAGAAAGCUGUAAAUUAUGGGAUUAAUAAACUAACUCCAUUUAUUCAGGAGAGUGUUGGAACAGCAAUGGAUCAGCUGUCAACCAAAGUUAGACCAAAGAAAAAGUAUAAAACUGAUAGAAAAGAUUUAGACGGAAGAAGUGGUAAGGGUAUUGAUCCGAUGACUGUUGUAAAAAAAGCGCCAGAUAUUGCAAUGAAAACAACACAAAAACUAAUUCCAUCUUUGAAACCAGUUUACGAUAGAUAUAGAUCUGGGGACGUCCUGAAUUCCGCUUUUGGAAGUGAACAUGGGGUUAUGUCUAGUAAGUUUUGGAGACGGCCAACAGCAGCGGAAGAGAAAGCAAAAGGAAUAAUACGCAAAGGGAGGAGUCCUGAGUUAUUCUUUGCAUUUAAUAGGGAUGGUAAAAAAAUCAGACAAUAUAAAACAAAAUUCUUUGAAAAAAACCCAGAAGCAUCGGUAGAUAUGCACAACAUUAUUUCAGGUAGUCCAGAUACAUGA